AAUUUGUUCUUCUCAUUUGAUAUUAACAGCAAAAAGACAACUUUAUCUCUAACUUACUUGACUUCAUUAUGUGGCUUUCAAUUAAAUUAACUAAAUGAAAACCAUACAGAAAUUAGUCUGUGAACUAAAAGACACAGACUUAAAUAAUUUGAAUAAAACAUUACGAAUGAUACUCAGGACUCCAACUGCGCAGGUGGAAAAGAAACAAAAGGAACAAGACAAAGGAGGAAAGAAAAGAUGAAAGACCGACUUCAAGAACUAAAGCAACGAACAAAGGAAAUUGAGCUCUCUAGAGACAAGGAUGUGUCAACUACAGAAGCAGAGGAACAGGGGAUGUUUCUGCAGCAAGCUGUUAUUUAUGAAAGAGAGCCUGUAACUGAGAGACACCUACAUGAGAUCCAAAAACUACAGGAGAGUAUUAACAAUUUGACAAAUGAUAUUCAAAACUUUGGGCAGCAACAGAAAAGUCUGUUGGCUUCAAUGAGAAGGUUUAGUCUACUUAAGAGAGAGUCUAGCAUUACAAAAGAGAUAAAAAUCCAAGCAGAACACAUUAAUAGAGGUUUGGAUAAUUUAGUAAAAGAAGUUAAAAAGUCAGAGGAUGAAAAUGGUCCAUCCUCAGUGGUCACAAGGAUACUUAAAUCUCAGCAUGCUGCAAUGUUCCGCCAUUUUCAGCAAAUCAUGUUCAUAUACAAUGACACAAUAGCAGCAAAGCAAGAGAAGUGCAGGACAUUUAUUUUCCGUCAGCUGGAAGUUGCUGGGAAAGAAGUGCCUGAAGGAGAAGUAAAUGAUAUGCUCCAUCAAGGAAAAUGGGAAGUUUUUAAUGAAAGUUUACUUACAGAAAUCAGUAUCACUAAAGCACAACUCUCAGAAAUAGAACAGAGACACAAAGAACUUGUUAAUUUGGAGAACCAAAUAAAGGAUUUAAGAGACCUUUUCAUUCAGAUAUCUCUUCUAGUAGAGGAACAGGGAGAAAGCAUCAACAAUAUUGAAAUGAUAGUGAACGGCACGAAAGAAUAUGUUAAUACUACCAAAGAAAAAUUUGGACUAGCUGUAAAAUACAAAAAAAGAAAUCCUUGCAGGGUAUUGUGUUGUUGGUGUUGUCCAUGCUGUGGCUUAAAAUAAAGAAGCUAUUUAGAAAUUUUUCCAAUUU